UCUCCAAUUUAAAAAAAGACUGGGAGCUGGAUUGAAGUUUCGAGUGGGAAGACCUCUCAAAGUUCAGAUGUCUGCUCACUGGCCUGGACGAUGCUGGGUAACCUGUGAUCUUGGCCACAGCAUAACUAGGAGUGGGGGCACAGGUUGUUGUGUAAACAAGAAUGUUGGACAUCAGAAGCUGGGCAGAGUACAUUGUCGAAUGGGCUGCAAAAGACCCAUAUGGAUUCCUUUCAACUGUUAUAUUGGCACUAACCCCACUGUUCUUAGCAAGUGCAGUGCUUUCAUGGAAACUGGCAAAAAUGAUUGAGGCCAGAGAUCGAGAACAGAAGAAGAAACAAAAGCGUCAAGAAAAUAUUAAUAAAGCAAAAAGACCAAAAAAGGAUUGAACAUACAACCAGGAAACAUUCCUCAUCAUGAACAAAAAUGCAGCUUGUUUUUCAUCUUUAACAAUUGCAGUUAUAUUGUACAAUAACUUCCCAAGGAUGGCAAAAUAAUUCAGUAACUGUUUCAUUGGAAAUGUGCUUCUAAUAUUUCAAGUUUUGGGUUUUUAUGAUAUUCUUCAAUAUUGGGAUAAAAACUUCCAUUAAUGCUUUACAUUUUCUACUUCUUCGUAUUCAAAAUGUACAUUCUCAUUCCUGUUUCAUAAAACCUGUAAUCUUGUGAUUAUGAAAGUGUAUUGAAUCACUGCACUGAAAUCAAUAUAUUGAUAUAUUGAUAAAAAUAAUGUUUGUGAGUCAAUAUAAGUUUACUGUUUCUGAAUUGAAAAAUAACCUCUAAUUUAUAUUGAAUUCUAUUUUGCUAAGAACCUGAACAGUUAUUGAUUGGAUUUAAUUCACAGUUCCAAAAUAAUAUCGAGGAAGGAAAAACCUGCAACCCUUUUAUUUGAUAAUUAUUUUGCAUAGCAAAACCAUUUUCAGAUGAAAGUCUUUAUGGUAUUUUUAUUAGCUAAUAGCCAAUUUGAAGUAAAUUGUUUUACACGUCAGCAUUACACCACUUGCAUGUAAUGUUAUAAAAAUGUUGCAAGAUGCUCUGUCUCAAAACAGAAUUUUUGCCAAAUAAUCUUAUAAGCAGGUGGUGCUGUUUAGUUUCUCCAUGCUCCGAAUUAAAUAGUACCUUAUAUACUGUAAAAAUUGUUAUACGGUCUGUUAAAUGGCAUGAGUUGAAUGUUGCUUUGUUGAUUGUUAAUGGCAUCACCCAUUACUAUGCUUUGUGGAGGCAUUGUACAUUGCAAAAGGGAAUAUCUACAUAACAAUCUAAA